GGGUUGAGCCGGGAGUAAAACCUGCUCCUCACAUACAAACAGGCCCAUAGUAUUUCCCUUUUUAAAUCAUACUUUACAAGACUUUUGAAGAAGAAGAGAGACAGUGGGAAAUUUAGGCAACAUCGUCACAAUAUCAUUUCUUCCUCUUUCUCCAAAUUUCUUCGUGUGAUUCAAUGGCUGCCAUCGCCAACAACACUGCUCUAUUCUCAUCAUCGUCGACACCGAGGAGCAGAGAGCUGUUCGUCAACUCUAAGAAUCUCUCUUUUACUUCGGCUCACUUCCGAUCAUCCACUCAUUUCUGCAACAAGAUGAUUGUUUAUGCUUCUAUUGACGGUGUUGACUCUGUCAGCUCUACCUCUCUGAAGUCUGAGCUAGAUGCUGAUUACGUGCCAAUGCCAAUUGUUCAUAUUGAUCAAGAUUCAGAUUCAGACGCCACAAUGGUGCAAGUUAGCUUUGGGGAUCGUCUUGGUGCUCUAAUUGAUACGAUGAAGUCACUAAAAGAUUUGGGCCUGGAUGUGGUAAAAGGAACUGUUAGCACAGAAGGCGCAGUCACCCAAACAAAGUUUCUGAUCACACGCCUGGAAACUGGACGCAAAGUCGAAGAUCCUGAUCUUCUAGAAAGAAUUCGAUUGACUAUUAUCAACAACUUAUUAAAGUAUCAUCCAGAAUCCAGUGAAAGGCUAGCAAUGGGGGAGGCUUUUGGCAUAAAAGCACCAGAAAAGAAGCUUGAUGUUGAUAUUGCAACUCAUAUACAUGUGAAGGAUGAUGGGCCUACAAGGAGUUUGCUCUCUAUAGAGACAGCAGAUCGACCUGGAUUGUUGCUGGAAGUCAUCAAAAUUGUGGCUGAUACUAAUGUUACCGUUGAAUCAGCAGAGAUUGAUACAGAAGGUUUGGUAGCUAAAGAUAAGUUUCAUGUUAGCUACCGAGGAGCAGCACUAAACAGUACCUUAUCCCAGGUUUUAAUCAACUGCCUGCGUUACUACCUCCGGAGGCCAGAGUCUGAUGAAGAUAGUUACUAAUGACACUUCAAAACCCAGGGAUGAUCAAACUUUGUUUCACAAAUGUGGGGUUUAAUAUCCUUUGUUAAUGCAACUUAACACUUGCUUUCUGUUUUUGGACGCUGCCCCUUCCUCGUGUUUUAUGACAACAAAAAUAAAAGGUGAACCAAUGGUAGAAUUAAUUAUAUGGUUCACCGGAAGAAUAUUGUAACUCUAGUGUAUUGUUGGAGAUAAGAAUGGCCAUUCCUUA